AUGGAAUUUUGCUCGCCGCAACCGGAAUACACGGAAUUGAGCGGCGUGGGCAGUGUGAAUGGCAAGAACACCUCACGCUUGCUUGCGGCGCUCCACAAUCGCGUCGUUUCGGCGACCGGGGCAUCCUCGGGCGCCAAUGGCCUCAACAGUCGUGACGGGACGCUGGACACUGUGCUUGACGACCAUUUGAUUCCUUCACCUCCGCUGUCGCCUAAAUUGGGUGCUUUGAGCGGGAGUACUGGCGUGAGGCCUUUGUACCAUGUCGUGAACCCCAAUCCGGAACCCAGCGUUCUAUGGGUACGGCCCAGUUGGGCACUUGGACCAGCGACCCCGGGACACGUUUACAGAAGUGCGACUAGCAGGUUUUUGUCUCAGUACAGGUUUUGGGAUGCGGCCAAAUCCAAGCGGGUAAUGAAGAAUCACAGCAACGAUCGUGUAACGCGAAGAGGACGCUUGAAUCUGCGCAGUAAGGAUCACCUCUCCAACGUACCAGCUUCCGAGCGUGUGUCGCGGACAAGGAAUGGGGGCUACAAAUUUACAAGAAGCGAAGACGAUGACGAAGAUUACGAUUCUAGGUCAGACGCCAUUGGUGGCCUUUCACGUCCUUCUACACCUUUGAAUCGACGUGUACGCAAGAGAAAUCCCGUUUUUUCGCCGUUGGCAUCUGCUGGAGCAGUGAACACUGCUCCCAACAUGAGCUGGGAAAAAUUGGUCGACUACUCUCCCUCAUUGAGCACAUUACCAGAUAAUAGCAAAUGUUUGAAAGUCGAUUGGAAGGGCUCUUCUAUGGACUUGUCUGAUGACCCCUUGCGUGACAAGCUACAUCCUGCGGAACUGGUUUUAGCACAAACGCUGCGACUUCCUUGUGAUCUUUAUCUGGAUUCAAAGAGAAGAUUAUUUUUGGAAAAAGUGCACAGGCUAAAGCAAGAUCUGCCGUUUAGGAGGACCGAUGCUCAGAAGGCGUGUCGCAUAGAUGUGAACAAAGCAUCACGGCUUUUUGCUGCUUAUGAACGCAUCGGCUGGUUACAGGACAAAAACUUUACUAAAUUUUUAUAA